UUACAGAUGGAUAUUGAUUUCUGUGAACCUAACCCGUGCCAGAAUGGGGCUAAAUGUUACGAUCUGGGAGGAGAUUAUUACUGUGCCUGCCCUGAUGAUUAUGAUGGAAAAAAUUGUUCUCAUCUCAAGGACCACUGCAAGAACAAUUCUUGUAAAGUCAUAGACAGCUGCACAAUAGAAGUCUUCAGCAAUGCCACCCAAGAAGGAAUUCGGUUCAUUUCAUCCAACGUGUGUGGACCCCACGGUCGGUGCAUCAGCCAGCCAGGAGGGAACUUCACCUGUGCCUGUGACAGAGGCUUCACUGGCACGUACUGCCAUGAAAAUAUCAAUGAUUGCCUUGGGAAACCUUGCAAGAAUGGUGGGACAUGCAUCGAUGAAGUUGAUUCCUUCAGGUGUUUCUGUUCAAGUGGCUGGGAAGGAGAGUUGUGUGACACAAAUUUCAAUGACUGUUCCCCCAACCCCUGUCACAAUGGUGGCCGAUGCAUUGAUUUAGUGAACGACUUCUAUUGUGAGUGCAAGAAUGACUGGAAGGGCAAAACUUGUCACUCACGUGACUACCAGUGUGAUGCAAACACUUGCAGCAAUGGUGGGACAUGCUAUGAUGAUGGAGAUACAUUCCGCUGCUCGUGUCCCCCAGAGUGGAUAGGAAGUACUUGCAACACUGCUAAAAACAGCAGCUGCAUUCUGAACCCUUGCAUGAAUGGUGGAACAUGUGUUGGCAGUGGAGAUUCCUUCUCGUGCAUCUGCAAAGAAGGCUGGGAAGGACGGACAUGCACACAGAACACCAAUGACUGCAACCCUCACCCAUGUUACAAUGGAGGAAUCUGUGUCGAUGGUGUGAACUGGUUUCGCUGUGAAUGUGCCCCUGGGUUUGCUGGGCCUGACUGCAGAAUCAAUAUUGACGAAUGCCAAUCUUCCCCUUGUGGGUAUGGUGCCACCUGUAUAGACGAAAUAAAUGGAUACCGAUGCACUUGUCCCCCUGGAAGAAUUGGACCAAGGUGCCAAGAAGUGAUUGGAAUUGGGAAGCCUUGUUGGCUGAAAGGAAUGACCUUCCCCCAUGGCAGCAGGUGGGAACAGGAGUGCAACAGCUGCCACUGCUUGGAUGGACGUAUUGACUGCACCAAGGUGUGGUGUGGAAAAAAACCUUGUCUGUUGCACAAAUAUUGGGAUAACUCAAAGAACCAGUGCCCCAUGGGGCAGGAGUGCCAGGAGAAGUACAUGAAAUGCUUUCAGCCCCCAUGCACAGACUGGGGAGAAUGCAGUGCCUCUGAACCUCUGCCUGUCAGCAUCAAGUGUCUGCCCAGUUCUGGCUACCUGGACAAUGACUGUGCGAGGAUUACCUUAAUUUUCAAUGGAGACAAAGUGCCCCAGGGCACCACCACAGAGAACAUCUGUUCUGAAAUUCGCUAUUUACCAGCCACUAGGACAGUUUCUAGGGACAGAGCUCUGAUAAUAUUGUGUGACCUGUCUUACUCCACAGAGAAUGCAGUGGAAGUUGCCAUUUCCUUUGUGCCCCACCGAGAUGAACAGGAUAACAGCCUGAUCCAGAAUGCUGCCAAUACCAUCGUCAAUGCCAUCACCAAGAGGCAGAACAGCACUGUGAUGUUGGCAGUCACUGAGGUCAAGGUGGAGACCAUCGUUGUGGGCAAUUCCUCAUCAGACUAUUUGGUUCCGAUUCUUUGUGCUGUGUUUAGCAUUGUCUGGCUGACUUGUAUAGUCAUCUGCGUGUGGUGGACCCGGAAGAGGAGAAAAGAGCGAGAGAGGAGAUGUCCUCCCAGAGAAGAAGGUGCCAACAACCAGUGGGCACCUCUAAACCCCAUCCGAAAUCCUAUAGACAGAUCUUACAGCAACAAAGACAUUCGUUACGAAUGCAAAAACUUCAUAGCUCCUCAGAAAAGAACUUGUGAUGCAGUGGAGGAGUAUGUAGAGUAUGAGGAGGAGGAGGAGGAGGAGGAGAGAGACGAGGAAAUGGACAAAUUCCUCUCUCACAAACUCGCAAAGCCUUUGCCGCCCAAGGUGUGUGACCCAUCAGAGAGCAGCCCAGUCAAGAAAUCCCAUCAGAUAGGCAAAAUGGACAACAGAGCUGUAAAAAAUGUGAAUGCAUCAAACUUUGAAGGCAGUAGAGACUGAAGCUGUGCGUGGAGCGUGGGCAGAACGCGCCGACGCCUGCUGGGGAGGGCAAAACGUGACAUCUCUGCUUGGCAUCGAGGACUGAAAAGGCAAAAAAAAUAAAUCCCUGGAGUCAAAUGUUUAUAGUUUCUUUAUUUUGAGUAAAAAAAAAAAGAAAUAAAAAGAAUAAAGUUUAUUUUGUUUCUUUAGCCUUGUAUAAAUUAUUCAACGACUGUCAGAUGAAAAAAAGAAAAUGAGUAAUCUUUGAUAGUUGCUAUUUUUGUAAAGUUUACCUAGACCCCACUCGCUGUGUGGCGGAGGAGAGAGGUAUUUUCAAUACAUGUAAAGUUUAUUACAAAGGACUGUACACUGUUUACAGAAUGUAUUUCUUUUUCUUACUUGCUCUAAUUUAAUGGUGGCUUUAAAAAAAACAAAAACAAAAAACCCUCCUGGUUGAGGCGAUUGUUGAACUUUAACCUGCUCGAUGACCUUGAAUCUCUACCGAUGGCAGCUCACUGCACUUGUUACGUUGGAUUCUGGCAGGUCCUUCCCAAAUUUGCCUUACACACUUUGUAAUAGGAACAAUGAGACAAUAUUACAGAGAUCUUUCAAC